UGAUUUCAAGAGUCGAUGUUUGACACGUUUUGACUUCAACGUGGGAGUCAUCUACUCUUUCCAUAUACGCUUCCAGACAUCAUGGACUCAUUCAGCACGAAGAGCCUGGCCCUGCAGGCCCAGAAGAAGCUCAUGAGCAAGAUGGCGACUAAGACAGUGGCCAACCUCUUCAUAGAUGACACCAGCAGCGAGGUACUGGAUGAGCUGUACCGGGUGACCAAAGAGUACACGCGCAACCGCAAGGAGGCCCAGAAGAUCAUCAAGAACCUUAUUAAGAUGGUGGUCAAGUUGGGCGUCCUCCACCGCAAUGGACAGUUCAACAGCGAGGAGCUUGCGUUGGUCGAGCGCUUCCAGAAGAAGGUGCACACGCUCGCGAUGACGGCCGUCAGCUUCUACCAGAUCGACUUCACCUUCGACCGCCGUGUCAUGAGCAACCUGCUUAACGAUUGCCGCGAACUGCUGCACCAGGCCAUCAACCGGCACCUGACGGCGAAAUCUCACGGCCGUGUCAACCACGUCUUCAAUCAUUUCUCCGACUGCGAGUUCCUCGCGACGCUGUAUGGACCUUCGGAAGUGUACCGCGGCCACUUGCAGAAGAUCUGUGAAGGAGUCAACAAGAUGCUGGAUGAUGGCAAUCUUUGACCAUUACCUGUUUAUGGAAAUGCUCAAUUUAUUUGAACAUGUUCUUGUGUGUUUUAAAUGGAGCUUAAGCUCGGAAUAUCUCGUGCCUUAUUUGUUCAUUGGACACUAACUCAUCUGUCUUGAAUGUACGUUUGUCCUUCCAGUGGAUCGUCUUCUUGACUCCUGUAUUUUUAAAAACGGGGGUUAGAGGUGGUUUAUAGCGCCAAUGCAAAUCUUGCUCCCAUUUGUCCAAAGGUAAUUUGAGAGCAUAGAUUAAGAUCCACCAUCAGAGGAAAUGAAGGACCAUUUGCAAACCUUUUUGAUGCUUAGAGGACAUUUCAAGCACUGCAAAUGCGAAAUGCACUGGGGGAUAUGUAUGCAACGCUUCAUCUCUGAUUUUAGGAAAUGAGCCUGCAGCAUCACCCUCUCGCUUCCCGAAAAUAGACACGUUAAAUCUGCAACCCAAAAUGACUGUUUUUGGUCAUGUCUGAUGUGAUUCAUCUGGAGGUUGAUACUGAAAUAUUUGUAAACCGUCACCCCUGUGAUUUCUAAACUUGGUCAUAUAGGGGUUUACGUUCGUCUUGUUUGUUUUUCCACUCCAUAUCGCCCCCUGCUGAUGGGAGGUCUUUACCACGAUGCAGUUCCUUAUCGAGGAAUGAAGAAUGUGCUAGAAUGUCACUGUACUACCUUUCAACAUGUUUAUUUACUGUUUUAAUGAAGGUUUUAUAUGUAUAAAUACACAACUGAGCCGUUAUUUCCCUGAUACGUCACUUCUGAUUGUUUUUAACUUGUAUGAACAAAGAAUUCAACGUCUUAAUGUCCCAUUUCUGCCACCAGUUUGUUUUAGCUCCAGCAGUUUUGACAGAUUUAGUAUAUUUUACUGGGUGAGGAUGUCGAUUAGCACAAAAACAUUGUAAAAGCUACCAAGAAAUGUGCAUGCAGAAAUGCUCUUAGUAGAAGUCUGAGGCAGCUGUAUACUUGUCCCAUAGACUUAGCAAAUCUGCCCACGUUUUGUUUGUACGUAUACUUGAUUUUAACCUAGAAUAUUUUAAACGGUCUUUUUACAAAAUGACAAACUGAAAGAAUCACAAAGUUUGAGUUAUUUGGAUCUUUCUGGGAUAACUUAAGGCCUAUAUAAAGCUCUUAGUGAACUUUUUGGGGGGGUUUCCCCCUCUAUCUAUGCACAUUAUUAUUAUUAUUAUUUUGUUUUCUUUUUAAGUCAAUAGUAGAGGGUUGUUUGAAUUUGCUGUCUUGUCACUAGAUUUUUAAGUAAAGCUCCAUCUAAUAAAUAAAAUAUCAACAAUUUCAAUGGAAAAAGUGAAACUUUUGAGUAACUUUGACAGCAGUGAAAGCCAUACCUUCUGAUUAUACUAAAACCUCUCAGGGUUCAGUCUCAAAUGCCUCUUAAAUGUGGUGUUUUGGGCCAAUUUAAACAAAGGAUUGGAUACCUUGUUUGCUUUUUGCAGAUGUCACCUGAGCAUUCACAUUUGCUUGGUUAUUUUUGUUCAUCACAAACAAGUUCUAUUAAUGUACACGGUUUUCUUUUAUUUUCUAGAAAUUGUUUAUACAUACGGUAUUUGUGUGUGUGUGUGUGUGUGUAUAAAUGUCAUUCUUAAGAGGCAUGCGUUCUGUUUUUAUUUAGUGAAGAAAUGCAGAACAAUCUCGUUUAAGAGUCCAAGUGGUAUUAGCAUGUUUGCCUUGGAUUACAGUAUGCUAAUCUCUCUAGGCAUCCUAGAUAGUUUUUUCUAGAACUUUUUCUUUCCCCUUACAUGAAUUGUGACAUUGCCGAUGCAUGUUUAGCAUUAACAUAAUACAGUGUC